UCAACAAUUCAGUUCCGUUGCCACUGGCGACCACACAAUCCCCUCGCCCCAGUUCCCUCCGUGGGAAGACCCGCCCCUGGGUAGAACGCCCUGAGGCCCCGGCGGCGCGCAGUUACGGGUCCCGGGCGCGCUCAGUGACUCUCUACCUUGUGACGUCAGCAGGGGGGCGGGUUCUCUCGCAUACGCGAAGACGUCCGCUUUAUUUGAUUGGCUACUGCAGACGUCCGUUAAUGCGUGUUGCCCUCUCCGCGUGCGCCCUGAGCGUGGGCGUCGCCGUGGGGGUGUGUGGCUGGGGUUUCUAAGCUGGGCAUCCAGCACCCCCCGCCCCUUCCAUCCGGGGUUCGGUUUAGGGUCGCCCCUGGUGGGCGGCUCUCGAAUCUUGAAGAGCACGAGAACUCAGAGCGCCGGGCACUCCGGAAGAUGGCGGCGGCAUCUGUCUCUACGGCUUCUGGUUCUCAGUUCUCGAACAUCUUAACUGAACCAUCAAGGUCUAAUGGAAGUAUGGUUCGCCAUUCUUCAUCUCCAUAUGUAGUAUACCCAACAGACAAGCCUUUCCUUAAUAGUGAUCUACGGCGCUCUCCAAACAAGCCUACACUUGCCUAUCCAGAAAGCAACAGUCGAGCCAUAUUUUCUGCUCUGAAGAAUCUUCAAGAUAAGAUUCGACGUUUGGAACUGGAAAGGAUUCAGGCAGAAGAAAGUGUGAAAACCUUGUCUAAAGAAACAAUUGAGUACAAGAAAGUAUUGGAUGAACAGAUACAGGAAAGGGAGAAUUCAAAGAAUGAGGAAUCAAAGCACAAUCAAGAACUGACAUCUCAGUUGUUAGCUGCAGAAAAUAAAUGUAAUCUUUUGGAAAAACAAUUGGAAUACAUGCGAAAUAUGAUAAAGCAUGCAGAAAUGGAGAGGACAUCUGUCUUAGAGAAACAGGUUUCCCUAGAAAGAGAACGACAACAUGAUCAAACACAUGUUCAGAGCCAACUGGAGAAAUUGGAUCUUCUUGAACAGGAGUAUAACAAACUUACUACAAUGCAGGCCCUUGCAGAAAAAAAAAUGCAAGAGUUGGAAGCGAAACUCCAUGAAGAAGAACAGGAAAGAAAACGUAUGCAAGCCAAAGCAGCUGAGUUGCAAACUGGUCUAGAAACAAAUAGACUUAUCUUGGAAGAUAAGACAACUCCAUAUGUUUCUAGUGCUAGAAGAAUUAAAAAAAAGAAGUCAAAACCUCCGGAAAAGAAAGGCCCUAGGAACUGCUUCGGUACACAGCCGCACUAUAGAUUAUGCUUGGGUGAUAUGCCAUUUGUAGCUGGAAAGUCAACUAGUCCUAGCCAUGCUGUGGUCGCCAAUGUUCAGCAUGUCCUGCAUCUAAUGAAGCAACACAGUAAAGUUCUGUGCAAUGAUCGAGUAGUCAACAGUGUUCCUUUGGCAAAACAAGUAUCAUCACGAAGCAGUAAAAGUAAGAAGUCAGUAACCCCUCCCUCCUCCAGCAUUAAUGAAGAGUUGUCAGAAGUCUUACAGACUUUACAGGAUGAAUUUGGGCAAAUGAGCUUUGAUCACCAGCAACUUGCAAAACUCAUCCAGGAGUCGCCAACCGUUGAGCUCAAAGAAAACUUAGAGUGUGAACUAGAGGCAUUAGUGGGAAGGAUGGAGGCGAAAGCAAACCAAAUAACCAAAGUUCGAAAAUACCAGGCCCAGCUGGAGAAACAGAAGACAGAGAAGCAAAAGAAGGAAUUAAGAGCCACAAAGAAGACCCCUGAAGAAGAAGGAAGCAGUAGCAACCGUUCUGGAAUCACAGGGAACACAAAUAAGAAGGAUUAUACCAAAUUGAGACCUGGAGAAAAAAGCAGAAAAAAUCUUCAGUUAUUGAAGGACAUGCAAACCAUACAGAGUUCAUUACAAAGUGGUGAUUUGUGUUGGGAUUACUGACUAUCAGGUCAUAAAUUUUAUUCGGAUAAUACGUACCUCCUCAAUCAGAUGUUGACAAUUAAUUUUCCAGGUCACAUACUAUCUGAUGUUGAAAUUAGUUAAUAGCAAGUGUUAAGAGGCUCACACUUCAUACAUAGACUGUGUGUGUUUUUUGCAGCCUCACUAAAUGUUAACCAUUUCCGUGGAAGCCAAGGGAAUUUUAAAGUUUGAGAAGCCACACAGACUGUUUCUUUGAGAUGAAUUUGCUGUACUCUGAUACAUUGUACUUUGUAAACACAUUACCAGUUUUUUACUUGUGGGUGUGAUUUUUAAAAUUAGUUUUUAUAUAUAAAUAAAAUUGGGUUUAACUUUUUAAAAACAAGUGGCUGUCUCAAAGGCAGUGUUUGCUUAAAAAUUCUCAUUUUUUAAUCUUUCUCUGACAGAAAUUGCCCACUUCCUCUUUCGUCUAGAACCAUUAGUAUGCUUUAACUAUUUGAUGACAUAGUUCUUAUAUUUAAAUAUUUAUAUAUUUAAAAGAAUUGUUUUGGUUUGCUUUUGGCACUUCAUUUGAUCCAUUGUGAUCAAACAUUGAUCAAUAUUAAAUGCAUUUGUAUUGCUUUUUAAUUGUUUAAAAUUUUUAAAGUGUAGUCAGUUACCUGUAAAAAUUAGUAAAAGUCUUAUUAAUAAUAUAAACUGUGAAUGAAAUUUUAGAAUAAAGUGACAAAUGGGAGAGAGAAAGGAGAUGUGAAGCAUACUCAUAUGCUGUGUUUAGUAACUUUGUAAUCAUGUUAUUUAGUCAAGGUAUUGUGGUUUUUAACCUUGGAACUUAGAGAACCCCUUGAAUAUCUGGGUUUUUUUUCAUAUAUAGAGUGCAAUAUAAACUGUACACACAAUUAUGUUAAUGUAAGUCAUAAUUUUAAGUAAUUUUUAGAUUUAACAUUUUAUAAGAUUGCCACUGAAGUCAGUGAAAUAGCUUCUUUAAGGAAACAAACUUUCCUUAACAAUCUGUUAAUCUGUUAAUAAAGGCUUCAUUUAUUGUAAACUUUGAAAAGUGCAUGUCUAAAUAGGACAGCAUCAUGUUGACUGAGAAACAGUAAGAAUAUAUAGUAUUUAUUUGCCAUUCUUAUGUUUACAUGUAAGUUUAUCACCAACAAAAUUAUCUCAUCCUUGUAUGGUAGGGUAUGCUAAUGAAAACAUUAGCCACCUGUAAAGAAAUUCUUAAAUGCUUUUGCUGAAGUUUGUUAAGAUGAAGUUUUAGGAUGACAAGCAUGAGCUGUGUGACUUCUUGGGCACUGUAAUACUCUUGUUCUAUUUUCUAGGGUUAGAGCUGUUAACUUAGCAUCCUGAUUUGGCAGGAUUUGUGAAUUUCCUGAAAUUACACAUAAAUUUUGCCUGUGUGUAUGAUUUUCUGAUGAGCAGGUUUGCAGCUUCAUCAUAUCCAUAACAGGAGUCCGAAGGUGAGAAUCAUUACUCUGGUGACCUGGUAAAUAUUUCUCCUGUUUUCAGCUGUUAAACUUUUGUCAUCUCCUUGUUUGAAUUUCAGGUCAUUAAAUUGUCUAAAAGUCA